UGAAAAGUUGUGCUUGCUCGAAACAACCCUCCGUGUUCCCGCAGCCUCCUCCCCUUUACUACAAGAUACGCGCGCGCUAGUGAAUCAUUCAUCACUCCAGCGCAAUGCAAGCUGAUGCUCAGAGUUUCUGUUAGAUGAACACCUCUGACUGAACUAUCUUCAGUUUCUGUGUACUGGGAUCUGUUCAGGAUGACACCUCUCCUCUGCAACGCCUGCCUCAUCUUGCCUGUUGCUUUACAUCUGCUGCUUGUUCCCAGUCCAUGUUCUGCUGCUUCCACGAGGAAGUGCAGCUCCAUCUAUAAAGGGUUUGCCCACUGUCUGCUUGCCCUGGGAGACAGUCUCUCUGUCAGUACCCAAAAAGAGGAGGAUACGCAGGAGAUCGACUCCAUUUGCAAAUCCUGGGAUGAUUUUCAUGACUGUGCAAAUGUGGCCAUGGCCGGCUGUCCCGAGGAGGCUGCGACGGUGUGGGAGUCUCUGAGACAAGAGUCCAAAAAGAUGCAGUUUUCUGGAAACCUGUAUGAGAUGUGCUCCAGUCGCAGCCAAUCCCAGAGCCCCGAUGAGACCAAUCAGGAGUCGUUAAAGGGACGCGCUAGUCAUAAAAGUCUGACCUUUCUGACCUUUUGUUUGCCUGUGCUACUACUGUUUCCAUGGAUAUAAUCGCAUCUCAAGACUCACAAUAUCCAGCACAUAUAGACAACGAUACGGACUGCUUUUGUUCGGACAUUUUCAUACAGAUCUCAUGUAGUACGAUAAGAUUCGUUUUAUGUUCGGAACAACAAAGAAUGUCAUUUCCACACAAAGGACACGUUUUCAGGUCCAAGUGCUUACUAAUUUAUUGUUUAAUUAUGACGAAAGAAAUCUUAAAGCUAGGGUAGGCAAUGCUUUUCAAAAACACUUUUUGUUAUACUGGUUUUCACAUCCUGAUAGCGAAUCGCGAUCAAUAAUAGAAGUGGUCUACAUGUUAAAAGAUGUACAUAUAUCUUAGGAGUCUCAGGCCAAAAAAUGUCCAAAUGCGGUCCGAAUGCAAUGAUAGGAUGUUCUACUUUCCUGUCAGCCUAUGGGUGUGUCUCAAUCAGCUCCCUAGUUCAGUAGCCAUUUUAAGAGUUUCUCAUUUGCGGCGCUGAAACUUUCGCUCCCUAAAAAGUCCCACAAUGCACCGAUAAAACCAGGGAUGUUCCCUUAAAUCACGAGCCAACUCACUAAAAAUAACGACACGCCAUAUAGAUGUUUUCUAAAAUACAAACCUUUAUUUUAUUAUAUUUCAGCAUAAACAUACAUCGCUAGACAGGUAAUGAACACAAUCUAGCUAACAUUUAUCAUUUAUUUAUGUUGCACAAAUAUGUAACAAGCUAAAUAUUUAUCAUAAUGUACUUUAAAGGAAAACUCCAGCGCAAAAUAAACCUUUGGUCUAUUUACACAUUGGUACAUAGUCAGCCGUUCUCUGAGAUUUGUUUUCAUGAUUAUUGAAUGUAAAGAGUUUUAUCGAGUA